AUGGAUCCUAUUAGCAUCAUCGCGUCAGCGAUCACCAUUGGUGCAAGCGCGGCCCAGCUCUCGCUUGCUCUCUCCAGCGUAGUCGGGACACUUAAGAAUGCACCUAAAGAGAUAGCGGAUAUCGCGGAUGAAAUAUCUCUACUCGCAGGAAGUCUGCAGACUCUGGGAGAGAUUCUUGGUACUCAUCAGAAUCUAUGCAAGCCAGCAUUCUUCGCAAAUACUCGCGCCAUCAUAUCGAGAUACGAAGGGGUCGCUGCGGAGAUUCGAUUACUAAUUAGUCGACGACGAAGCCUCGUAAGGCUCAAGUGGUUGUCGAACAAGAUUAAAGUGAAAGGUCUUCUGAAGAAGAUCGAGGGAAUCAAGACGCUACUGGUCCUGGAGCUAAGUGUCAUCCGCCUCGCCAGGGAAGAGGCUAAUCGGCCAUCUGCCAACUUCGACUCAAACGGUCAAAGCCAUGGCCGACCAGGUUUCAAUCGGUUCCGUAGGAUUGUAGAAAGCGCUGUUCAGGCGGGCAGGCACGUUGUAGAGAGUGCACAAGAAGAAGAUGAAAAGCUCGAGGCAGGCACGGAACCACACUCCUCGGCUGAAUUAGACCUAUGGAAGAGCGCCUCUUCUGACACUGCGCCCUGGCUCUUUCAGAUGGUGUUCAGCUCUGGCGACACAAGUCCUCCACCCCCAUACCCACAACAACGUCAACUCCAUCAAGCGUCCGUCGUGGAUGAAAGCGUUGAGACGGCCACGAGAAGUAGCCACACAUCGUCUUCUGAGCCGGUCACAUUACCUGAGAGACGACCUUCGAGUCCAGAUGAGAAGGCUAUGAUCUUGUGGAGCAGACAGACAGAACCCGAUCUAGUAGUAAACAGACUACUCUCCUCAUGGACUACGCUUUCGCCCAAUCAAAUCAGUCUCAGCUCAACUCGUCAACACGGUGUUGAGGGUGUAGUUGAGGAUGAUACCUGGAGGGAAGACAUCCUGAGAAAAGUGGAGGAAGCAAAGAAGGAUGAUGACGUAUCUUUGGACGAGUGGGAACAGGAGAAUGAGCCUGUCGGGUCCGACGACGAAGCAUUCCAGAGUGCUGAGGAAGACAGCACGUUCGAUGCUAAUGCACCUCCGUACAACUUCCGCCGCAACACCCAACAAGCCCGUACGAGGAGCGCAAGAACCUCUGACCGCAAUACAGAGGAUUAUUAUGCAUACGGAUCGUCGCCAAUCUACAACGAUCCCCCGUCGCCUAGGCGAAAGGCUGGUGAUCAACACGUGAAAUUUGGGAAAACAUCAACCACUCGUCCACGUCGACGUGGAUCUAAAGAAAGAAAACCUGGCGUGAAGCUGCCACGCGCAGAGGCUGGAUCCAGACGGCCUUCAUCGAGAGUUCGCACGAUUCGAAGUGAUCAAACGGAUGUAGCUUUCAGUGCACCAAACCAUGCCUGGGUCAACGUUCACGAUCCUCAGAAGGAACCCAGAUCAGGGUAUUCGAAUCCCUUCAGGCCUGGUCAUACUCAGCCCCCUGUCGAUUAUGGAUACUAUCCGGGGUUGCGGGAGACAUCACACGUGCCACUACCUUCCGAGCCGCCGAGACAAGCACAUGCAUCUAAUCCAUACCUACAACACCCUCCAGGCCAUCAGCCAGUCUUUGAAUCCCCUCCGCCGUCUCCAGCUCAAGCUCAAGCUCCACCUAUGCCUUUCAUGAUGGGGCCUCCUCCUCCUCCUCCUCCACCCCCUCCACCGCCAUCGGAUGAGGCUGGAGGGGACGGGCUUCUCGCUCGGCUGGAGAAAUUACUCGAGAAGCGCAACCCAGAACCCUCAGUCGGGUAUGAAGACCCUCCGUUCUCAAGACUGGCGAAGAUCUUACAGGAGCGCGAAGUACAAAGCGAAAGAGAACGGGCAAAUGCAACAACUGAGGUGUACAUGAAGCAAAUGCAGGACGUCCACGAGAAAGAUGAGGAGAAGAUGAACCAGCUCGAAAGUCUCGUAGCACUUCAAAGGGCAGAACAAAAGCGCAUGGAGGUUAUGUGGGAUGAGGAAAGGAAGGCUAUGGAAGCAAGAGCAGCUGAACAAGCUCAACAAGUGAAGGAUCUGGCAGCGAGAGAGAUCUCAGCGGCACAGUUGGCUAAGGAAGCAGCCCAAGCAGCCCUCAACACCGAGAAGCUGGAAGCCGAGAAAAAAGCACGGAAAAGAGCUGACGCCAUGGUCAUAGCGGAAAGACAACGAAGCGAUGAAGUCCACAAAUUGCAAGUGGAACGCUACGAAGAGCUACUCCGUGGAAUACAAGAGCAGCAAUUGAGCUCAGAGCAAGAUAACGAUCAGACCAUAAGACGGACUCGCAUAGCGGAAGGUAAUCGCAGCGUGGAUGUAACAGAAUAUGCGACAAGCAGACGAGCUCCGCUUACGGCAUCUUCUUCCACCCCAUUCUUGGAAAGUUUCGCGCGCCUGGACAUGAGGCCGAACUAUCGCGAUCGCCCCCAAAGGAAUUCUCGUCGUGACAGCUUUCGCAGUUCCAUCAGCUCAAUGCAUGCUUCGCGUACUUCAUUGGGAAGCACAGGCACAUUGGAAAGUAACUCACCGUCUCAGCAGAUGAUCGUCUUCCCUGUCAAAGCCGACAGACGCUCUCAAAGGAUGGACAGGCUGCAAAAGUCGCUGGCUGGGUUUGGAAUCGAAUCUGUGUUUGAAGACGCUGAAGACGAUCCGUUUCACACCAGUCAACUCAUACAAUAUAAUUACGACAACACGGAUGACCAGAUUGUUAGGAGUACCAUCUUUUGGGAGUCCUCGGCGCUUAAUCUAGGAAGCGAGCUUCUGCUGACCAUGAGGCAAGCCGGAUGGAGGACACCCUACACUCGUAUAUCAGGCAAAGGUCAGACUCACUAUCUAGGGAGUCAACCGAUACAUACCUACUUCUUUGACCCUGACUACGAACCGCAGUUUUGCGCAUCUGAGACAGCAUCAGGCAAAGAAUCGAUCACUAUUCAGAAAGCCCUUGUGGAAGAGUAUGCGCUGAUCGAGCUUGGCUUCCAAUUUCAGACCAACGAUAUGGGCUUAUAUAUUCUCGACGGUAGAUUGACAUAUAACGACAUCGAGACAGUCAUUGAACGAUCGUUCCUCAUGAGAGAAAACAACUAUCGGCGCCUCCACCGUCAGCUACAAUGGCAUUUCGACAAGGACCCCGAGGUACCUUUGAGUGCCUAUCCAGCCACGUAUGCGUCAUCAGCGCACUCUGCGCCGUCCGUGUACUCGGGCGAGAACUCCACUGUCUGCGACGACACAGAUGCAGAGACGCGAGGCAAGAAGAGCCCCAGUUCGGCAGGCUCCGAUGCCGAUCAGUCCGAUAUUGGCGAUGUCAGCAAAUUCCUUGUUCCUCGAUCUGAAGCAUCAAGAAGGUCAGUAGCGCCGUCGGUGGCUUCACGAACUUCGAAAUCCACGAAUCCGUAUCGGAAGUACAUGAAUGCGGGGGAGGAUAUUCCUUUGCGCAUCCUGUACAUGCGCUUCAAACACUUCCUCGCCCUCUCAGACCCACGUCUUUACACACUCGCCAACUUCCGCGUCCGCUCCCAUUGGCGCACCAUGGCCGCCGCCCCGCCCCCAGAUCGCCCGAUAAAGCUGCUGAUGCUCCAUGGCUACACGCAAUCAGGAUCACUAUUCCAAGCCAAGACCGGCGCACUGCGCAAGACAUUACAAAAAGCCUUCCCCAAAGGCAUCGAACUUGUAUACCCUACUGCGCCGCUACGUUUAACCCCCGCCGACGAAUCGUUCCUAGCGGGAAACACAAGUAAAGAUGGCGAGGGCAAAGAUGCAAAGGACGGAGAGGAGCAAGAAAUCGAUGCAUGGGCGUGGUGGAGGAGGAAAGGUACAGGAGAACCAUACACAUAUGAAGGCAUGGAGCAAGGGUUGGAGCGCAUCGCAAGCGUGUUGAAAGAACAAGGUCCUUUUGACGGUGUCGUGGGAUUCUCACAAGGUGGAGCAGCGGCAGCUAUGGUCGCGAGUUUGCUCGAGCCAGGCCGUCGCGCCGCAUUCGAGAAGCUGUAUCCUGAGGGCGGUAUGAGGUUCCCAGAGUCUUUCGAAGAGGACACCGGGUACAUGGAGGGCACAAUACAUCCGCCGCUCAAGUUUGCGGUCAGCUAUAGCGGCUUCGCAGCGCGUGGAAAGAACCCUUAUCACGCGUUCUAUGAGCCUAAGAUCAAGACACCGAUGCUGCAUUUCUUGGGUACGCAAGACGUCGUGGUUGAAGAGGCGCGCAGUCUGGCAUUGGUCCAGGCUUGCGAGCACAGCGAGGAGAAGUACGUUGUGUAUCACCCCGGGGGACACUUCCUUCCAAGCACGCAGAAAGCUAGUGUUAAUGCGUUGAUUGGGUUCAUCAAGGAAGUUUUGCACGAACAGCAGGGUGGGGGAAAGAAGGAAGAGGAGCGUGUUGAGGAUAUGGAUGUGCCGUUCUAA